GGGAGUGGGGAAGAGCUAGGCGGCUGCGCAGACGGCGCUCCUCACACAGAGCAGCCCCCGACCCGGGCGAAUGCAGGCUUGUGCUGCCGCCGCCACCACCGCCGCCGCCGCCGCCCGGGCCGAGUGACAAAGGAAGGAAGGAAGGAAGCGAGGAGGAGCCGGCCCCGCAGCCGCUGACAGGGCUCCGGGCUGGGGGCAAAGCGCGGACACUUCCUGAGCGGGCACCGAGCAGAGGCGAGGGGCGGGAGGGCGGCCGCGCUGGUGCCGCGGACGGGGGAGGGGGCCCCAAGGGACGGAAGCGGUUGCCGGGUUCCCAUGUCCCCGGCGUAUGGGGAGCAGUCGAGGAUCCGCUGCCUGGGGUCUGAAGGGAGCUGCCUCCGCCACAGCCGCCGCCAUGGCCGCUGGAUCCAGCCGCCGCUUGCAGCUGCUCCUGGCGCAAUGAGAAGAGGAGCCGCCGCCACCGCCCGCCUCUGACUGACUCGCGACUCUGCCUCCAUCCAGUUCGCCGGGCCCCCGCCGUCAGCCCGCCGGAUCCCGCCGCUGCCGGAGCCGCAGCGUUUCCCGUCGCAUCUCCGAGCCACCCCCUCCCUCUCCCUCCCUCCUUCCCAUCCCCCUUCUUUUCAAGCGUGAGACUCGUGAUCCUUCCGCCGCUUCCCUUCUUCAUUGACUCGGAAAAAAAAUCCCCGAGGAAAAUAUAAUAUUCAAAGUACUUAUUUUCAAUCAAGUAUUUGCCCCCGUUUCACGUGAUAUAUUUUUUUUUAAGACUCUCCCCUUCCUUUUUCCCCUCCAAGGAAGGGGAGGGGAAAGAAUUGUAUUUUUUUUUCCAGCCCCAAAUCAUCUAUAUGUUAAAUAUCCAUACUGAUCUGUCUUGAAGGAGAAAUACAUCGCUCGUUUUUUUUUAUAGCUGUACAAAAGGAGUGAAAAGCCAAGAGGACGAAGUCUUUUUUUUUUUUUAAAUCUUCUUGUGGGAGAACUUAAUGCUGCAUUUAUCAUUAACCUAACACCCCAACAUAAAACAAAAGGAAGACAAGGAGGAAGGAAGGAAAAGAGGGUGAUCCGGGAAGAGAGUGAUCAUGUCAGGGCGGCCCAGAACCACCUCCUUUGCGGAGAGCUGCAAGCCAGUGCAGCAGCCUUCAGCUUUUGGCAGCAUGAAAGUUAGCAGAGACAAGGAUGGCAGCAAGGUGACUACAGUGGUGGCAACUCCUGGGCAGGGUCCAGAUAGGCCACAAGAAGUCAGCUAUACAGACACUAAAGUGAUUGGAAAUGGGUCAUUUGGUGUGGUAUAUCAAGCCAAACUUUGUGAUUCAGGAGAACUGGUUGCCAUCAAGAAGGUCUUACAGGACAAGAGAUUUAAGAACCGAGAGCUCCAAAUCAUGAGAAAGCUAGAUCACUGUAACAUAGUCCGAUUGCGUUAUUUCUUCUACUCAAGUGGUGAGAAGAAAGAUGAAGUCUAUCUUAAUCUGGUGCUGGACUAUGUUCCGGAAACAGUAUACAGAGUUGCCAGACACUAUAGUCGAGCCAAACAGACGCUCCCUGUGAUCUAUGUCAAGUUGUAUAUGUAUCAGCUGUUCCGAAGUUUAGCCUAUAUCCAUUCCUUUGGAAUAUGCCAUCGGGAUAUUAAACCACAGAACCUCUUGUUGGAUCCUGAUACAGCUGUCUUAAAACUCUGUGACUUUGGAAGUGCAAAGCAGCUGGUCCGAGGAGAACCCAAUGUUUCGUAUAUCUGUUCUCGGUACUAUAGGGCACCAGAGUUGAUCUUUGGAGCCACUGAUUAUACCUCUAGUAUAGACGUAUGGUCUGCAGGCUGUGUGUUGGCUGAGCUGUUGCUAGGACAACCAAUAUUUCCAGGGGACAGUGGUGUGGAUCAGUUGGUGGAAAUAAUCAAGGUCCUGGGGACACCAACAAGGGAGCAAAUUAGAGAAAUGAACCCAAACUACACAGAAUUCAAAUUCCCUCAAAUUAAGGCACAUCCUUGGACUAAGGAUUCGUCAGGAACAGGACAUUUCACCUCAGGAGUGCGGGUCUUCCGACCCCGGACUCCACCGGAAGCAAUUGCACUGUGUAGCCGUCUGCUGGAGUAUACACCAACUGCCCGAUUGACACCACUGGAAGCUUGUGCACAUUCAUUUUUUGAUGAAUUAAGGGACCCAAAUGUCAAACUACCAAAUGGGCGAGACACACCUGCACUCUUCAACUUCACCACUCAAGAACUGUCAAGUAAUCCACCUCUAGCUACCAUCCUUAUUCCUCCUCAUGCUCGGAUUCAAGCAGCUGCUUCAACCCCUACAAAUGCCACAGCAGCCUCAGGUUGAAACCCCUUCUAACAGAAAAGGGAAUCAUGAUAGGAGUUGGACAAGAUGCUAAUGCCGGAGACCGUGGACAGACCAACAACGCUGCUUCUGCAUCAGCUUCCAACUCCACCUGAAUAGUCCCGAGCAGCCAGUUGCACAGGAAAAACCGCCAGUUACUUGAGUGUCACUCAGCAACACUGGUCACGUUUGGAAAGAAAAUUAAAAAGAGAAAAAAACCUGCUCAUUUUAGUGUUCAAAUUUUUUUAUUAUUAUUGUUGUUCUUAUUUAACCUUGUAAAAUAUCUAUAAAUACAAACCAAUUUCAUUGUAUUCUCACUUUGAGGGAGAUCCAGGGGGUGGGAGGGGUUGUGGGGAGGGGAAAGCGGAGCACUAGAACACACAAUCUCUCUCCCACGACAAUCUUUUUUUAUCAAAAGUCUGCUGUUGUAUACUUUAAAAACAGGACUCCUGCCUCGUGCCCCUUCCACAAAAGAAGAAGACUUUGUUCUGUGCUGAAGUUUUUUUUGAACUUUGUUUUCUUUUAAAGUCAAGUGUAAGACUUUGGUAUAGUGCACAGCUUGAAAUUGGUUGGGAGCUUAGCAGGUGUAACUCAAUGGGGACUUCAGUGUCACUUGUCAAAUUCAUCCAUAUCCUCGGGUAUUUGAAGACUUGCCUUUGGUAUGUUGGGGGCAGGUGUGGUAGACAAACAAGGAAAUGUGUAUCAUUUGUAUGUAACCCAGGGAGGUCAAUAAAGUUUGAAGAUUCUUAAUUGGCUUUGAUAAGGUUUUGUUUUGCUCUUAAUCAGUGCUAGUGGUGAAGAAACUUAAAUUGGAGGCUAUCAAAGGAGGAGCAUGCGUGCUCUGAGGGUGGAUCUUUGUUUGCCUGACCAAAGGUUCUCUGCAAAUCUUAGUACAGUUUUAAACUGGUGACCAGAAGACUGAAAAGGAUUUGAGCCAGUCAUUCUGGCUGCAGAGGUCAAAAGCUGAUGAACCUGGAGGAAGGGGACAGGCCAAGAGCAGAUCUCACCACUGUGAAUGAAUUUGUCCACAUUUGUUUCUAAAGUUGCUUCCCUUGGAAAGAUACACUUGAGAGGACAUUGUAGUUAAAUAAUGUGAACUGUAACAGUCUACUGGUUUAUUUUUCAUAUUUUUAAUUACAAAUUGAGCUUGCAGAAAUUGCCACAUUCUGCACAUAGUUCUGAUUUUAAAUCCAAAUCUAGAAUCUGUAUUUAAUUUCAGCUUUUUUUUAACCUCAUGCUUUUAAAACUUUAUUUAUUGAUGUAUAUCAGACCAUUGUGAUUUUAGAUGGUAGGAAUAUUAAGAACUACACAUCAAAAUGGUAUAAACAGUCACGUGUACCUGCUGACUUUAUAGGAAAGCGGAUUAUAUAAAUGUGUGUAUGUAUAUAUGUUAUAUAUACAUAGAUUCAAUACUGCCUUUUAUUUUUGUUUUUGUCCACAGUAUCAAAAUCAACUGGUUGAAGCAUGAGAAGAAUGUUUCCCCCCACACCCAGUUAAGAGUUUUUGUUUCUGUUUUCUUUGUGUAUCAGUGAAUGGUGUAAGACUCAGUUUCUGUUUUUGAAGAAAAAGCAAUAUUCCUUGGAAAGCAAAGAGGAUUGAAGGAUUAUGUUUGCAGUGAGGAAAUAGAUUUUCACAACUAGUUUGUUUUAUACUUUUAAGGUUGACAUCUUUGUGGGCCUUAUAUACUCUAAAAUGAACCUUAGUCACCUUGGUGCUUAUGGGCCAUUACUUGACCUAUGAAUCUUUAAGGCACAAUCAGUUGUACUUUACAUUUAAAGAUCACUUGAGUGAUGGCCGCCUCUCCCUUCUACCCACUCUUCCCUCCACACUUUCCAAGGUUAGUUGAUAACUGUAGGGCUGUAGAGCUGAGCCCUCGAUCAUGUGUAACCUCCCUUCCCCUUCCUCAUUGCCACCUUAGGUCGUGUUAGGGGUCUUGCCCUCCCGGUGAUUUGGAAGUGGAGUCUCUUGGCAGCCCUCAACGCAGGUCCCGGUACCCUGUCCUGCUUCUUUACCAAGUGUGUGCGACUCUCCAAGAGAGUCCUACUGCCUGCUGAAGUGAACCAAUACCCAGAAGGGCAACUGUGAGCCAUCUUCGUUUUCACUCACUGUUUAGCUAAGCUCUUAGGCCACAAAAGGGGUUUCUCAAACCUCUGGUUAUAUCCGAGUUCGUGAGAAAGGAAACACACUCAGUCAAACCAAAUCGAACAAAUUGACCUUUACAUUUCAUAAUGCGCUUCUGAGAGCUAAUUAAGCUUUGAAAGAAGUCUGAAUCAGAGUAUUUGGCCAGGUAAUUCCUAAAGGGAAUGGCUUUGGUAGACCAUUUUCAGAAAGGAUUUAUAAAAAAGCUGAACAGCAGGUCUAUGACAGAGAAAUGGACCUGCUCUCACACCAAACUGCCCAGCCAAACAUUUGGACACAGACACUACUCUGGACUUGGUAUAUUUGCUAGAGUCCAUAAAAAUCUGUGCUUGUUUUAGGAAACACUCUCCCCUCCUUUGCCCCCAUAAAUGGGGUAAGAGAAGAAGAGAGAAAAGUCAGAUGCGUUUCUCUCAUUCCUGUGUGUAUGUGUAUGAGGGCUGAGGUGUAUGAUUUUUCUUUCUCAAGGAUCAUGGCGGUAUCACAGAACUCUUUUAUACAAGUGAGAUCCAGGUCUCUGAAUAUCUUUUUGUAAAUAAUAAUAAUAAUAAUAAUAAUAAAAAGCUCCUCACCAAAUUCAAGCUUGUACAUUAUAUUUUCUUUCAAUGUUUUUAAAUUUAAGUUUUAUUGUUUUGUAUGUAAAUAUGUGGACCCAGGAACUGUUAAUUAAUGAGCAAAAAGUUACUGUUCAGGGCAGUGAUUCUGUUUAAUAAUCAGACAAAAUGUAGACGAGCUUUUUAAAGCCAUAUAGUUUUAACUCUGUACAGUAGGUACCGGCCUGUAUUAUUGUAACAAUAACUCUAGCAAUGUAUAGUGUAUCUAUAUAGUUUGGAGUGCCUUCGCUUCCAUGUGUUUGUUUUUUGGUUUUGUUUUUCAUUUUUCAAAUUUUAAUUGGUUUUUCUAUCCGUGUCUCCCUGUCCUACCCCUUUCCCUUUGAAAUAAUAACUCACGCCUAACAGUGUCUUUGCCCCUUCCACAGUUAAUUUCAGUGAUACCAUGCUCAGGAGUGGAAAGAGGAAACUGUGUUCAUGACCUCACUUCAUUUAAGCCCUGCCUUUGUUUUGGUUCUGAGCAGCUGUUUCCUCCUCAGUCAGUAGCAGUGACCGGCUUCAUUUCAUACUUAGUCCAUCCAGGGACUUUGUGUCGUGCCAGGGAGCCCUAGAGCUGGAAGAGACCGAAUAGAUUUGAGUUUGCUCAUCUCUUCCCCAAGUCCCAACCAUCGGCCUUACAAACAGCAGAUUCCAGGAGCCUUCCAUGCUCUCUCCCCCUUAUCCACUUCCUUCCCAAAUGAAAGACAGAGAGACAGUUGGUUUUUAUAAAUCCAAGUUUCUUAAUAGUAUCAGGUUCUGCUCCAUCAGUGGUCUACAGUGCUCCAGUGCAGUUACUAGCGGUUACUGCGCCGAGCCAAGAGGACUGUCCUGUUAACAAGGGAACUCAGCCCAUCCCCUCCCUCCUGCCCCCUCGACCCCUGUUCAGUGAAAUGUCCUUUUCAUUUCCUUCUUUAAAAAUAAGUUUAAUUCUUACUGUGUGCCCAUCAUGAAGGCCUUUUUUGAAAGAAAAAAAUCAAAACCAUUUGUUUUGCCUCCAAGUACUCCAUAUAAGAUGUCUUGAGUAGAAGAAAAAAACAAACUUUACCAAACCAAAGGUUGCUAUUUUUGAAACAUCGUGUGUUCAUUCCAGCAAGGCAGAAGACUGCACCUUCUUUCCAGUGACAUGUUGUGUCCGUUUUUUAAGUCCUCUUAAUUUUUAGACACAUAUUUUUGGUUUGUGUUUUAACAAAGCCUGCCUAACCAGUCAUAUUGUCUGCACCAAUACAAAGGUUUCUGAGAGGACUAUUGUAUUCUCUAUCCCUGUGGAUAUAAAGACACUGGCAUAUCAUUUCUUUUUCCCUUUCCUUUUUAAGGGAUUUAACUUUGGAGUCUUCCAAAGGAAGCUUGGCCAAUGCCAGAUCCCCAGGAGUUUGGGGGUUUUUUCCUUUGUCUUAAACCAAAAUUGUAUCUGAUUUCUAUUGUUCAUGUUAGUGAUCAUCUAAUCACAGAGCUGAACACUUUCUCCCCUACAUAGAAAAAUAAACUAAGCAUGCUUUACAAUAUUCUGGUAGAAACCUGAGCCACUGAAAAUACGACAACUAGAAGCAGAGUAGAGUCCCAGACUAAGGUCUAUGAUUGAGAGGCUUUGAAAGUAAUCCCUGGGGUUUGGAUUAUUUUCACAAGGGUUACGACGUUUUAUUCCAAGUUUGUUGCUCCGUUUUGCACCUCUGCAAUAAAAGCAAAAUGACAACCAGUACAUAAGGGGUUAGCUUGACAAAGUAGACUUCCUUGUGUUCAUUUUUAAGUUUUUUUUUUCUUACUGUAUCUGUCUACAGGCAGAUACAGAUAAAUGUAUGAAAAUGUGCUUGCCUGUAAAACUUGCAUUUAUAAAUGUGUUGCCGAUGGAUCACUUGGGCCUGUACACAUACCAAUUAGCGUGACCACUUCCAUCUUAAAAACAAAUCUAAACAAAAUUUAUUAUAUAUAUAUAUAUAUAAAGGACUGUGGGUUGUAUACAAACUAUUGCAAACACUUGUGCAAAUCUGUCUUGAUAUAAAGGAAAAGCAAAAUCUGUAUAACAUUAUUACUACUUGAAUGCCUCUGUGACUGAUUUUUUUUUUCAUUUUAAAUAUAAACUUUUUUGUGAAAAGUAUGCUCAAUGUUUUUUUUCCCUUCCCCCAUUCCCUUGUAAAUACAUUUCGUUCUAUGUGACUUGGUUUGGAAAUAGUUAACUGGUACUGUAAUUUGCAUUAAAUAAAAAGUAGGUUAGCCUGGAAAUGAAAUUAAAAUUCACAAGUGUGUGGUCUUUAUUUCAGUACCCAACCCUCUUUUCUUUACCCUAUUUUGCUACUGCAAUAUAUAGUCACGUCACCAUCUCCGUUCCUCCAAUUAGAGAAACAUGGAUCUUUAUUAUGAAAUCAAGAUAUGAACACCAGUUCUCGUUCUUUAAAUGAUCUUACUCCAUUGUAUAGCCCCAAGAGGUGCAGCUUCCAUCUUGGAAACCUUUGGAUUUGAUGUAGAGGAAGCUUUGCAGACACUGCUUUGAAAAGAAAGAAAAUGUCCUUGAAAGGGACAAAUUUUUUAAAACGUGUAUAAGCUGCUGUCUUUGAUUACUGUGUUCAUGGUUUGGUGUAGCUGUAUUUUCUUUUAACUUUCAUCCCAUUAGUAAUGGUCUUUGGGAGUAUCUGUAAAAUAUAUGAACACCACAAACCGUGGGGUUGUACCUCCCAGGUAACCAACACAUGUUGUGUUUGAAUCUGCUCAUUUCCAAUACUGGAUGAUGUAUGUAAACAUGUUAUGUCUCUUAGUGCAAAAAGAAACAUCAUUUUUUUAGGGCUGGCUCACUCUGUCAGGCCUAAUCUAAAGGCUAGAUAUAAAGUCAUGUGACUGCUGCUUCAAUAAAAACAAAUUUAUAUUGGA